CAGUUCUUCUUUCUCUGCAAGGCAAGCGGCGGCAGAUUCAAGACCAGAUACCUGGUCCAGAAUCCAGAUAGCCACCUUCUUCUUCCUCUGCAAGCCGGGGCAGAUUCACCCACUCCGUACAGCAGUAUUCCCUCGACCUCGCCCUCGCCCCAGCCGACCGGACUGGGAAAGCGAGAGCGAGAUGCCGACGCUGACGAAGCUGUACAGCAUGAAGGAGGCCGCCCUCCACAACACCCCCGACGACUGCUGGAUCGUCGUCGACGGCAAGAUUUAUGAUGUGACCGCGUAUUUGGAUGACCAUCCUGGGGGUGCUGAUGUGCUGCUUGCCGUGACUGGUAUGGAUGGCACCGAGGAAUUUGAAGAUGCGGGCCACAGCAAGGAUGCCAAGGAGUUGAUGAAAGAUUACUUCAUUGGGGAGUUGGACUUGGACGAAACACCUGACAUGCCUGAGAUGGAGGUUUUCAGGAAAGAGCAGGACAAGGACUUCGCCAGCAAGCUGGCGGCUUACGCUGUGCAGUACUGGGCCAUUCCGGUAGCAGCAGUUGGGAUAUCAGCCGUGCUUGCUAUAUUGUAUGCUCGAAGGAAGUGAUGAUCGGUUAUAGGUUGAUUGAAGGACCAUUUUGGGGUAACCAACACAUUUAUAGCUGGUUAUGGAUGGAGAGAUUAUGUACUUCUGUCCAAAGGGGAAGACACAUUGCUGUAUUGAGCCCUUAGGUACUUGAGUCAAAUAUUUGUCCACAAAAUUGGUGGUACUAUUUUAUCAAUAUGUCAUUCAAUGGAUAGAUUCAUUUCAAGACCUGAACCAUGUGUGUGAUGUAAACCCUCUUACGCCUUGAGGCAGCUGCUGGCGCAGAUUUCUUCCGUGCCAUUAUUGCUUCUAUUUUUGUUAUUUUCGUGGGAUGUGCCACGGUACUGCUAUUUCUGAAUAUUGUGAUUUUUCAA